CGCUAUCCUAUAUACCUCGGCUAAAGGUGAUCGCCGUAUUCGAGUCCACACCCUCUGUUUGCCUGUGGUUCACACUGUCGAAGAGGUCUUUGCUGGUGCUGAUCAGGGUGCAAUUUUAUGCCUGCUUGCUAAGAUGGCUGUAGAACGCAGUCUUUCCUCUAGUUUGGACAACGCGCGUGAGGCACUUGUAAACGCUGUUACUGAUUGCCUUGCCGCCUUCGCUUCUUCCACAGGACUUAAUGUCGCCAGUUGUGAUGGUCAACUCAUCUGUCCUGCUAGCUUGCGCCUUCUACCACUUCUGAUAUGUGGUUUGCUAGCAUCGCGAGCCUUUCAACGUUCGGGCACAACUAACAGCAGCGGUAGUAACUUCAGUCGUUUGGAUGAGCACUCUGCUGCCCUAGAGCGUAUGAGACUUGCUCCGCCUAGUGAAUUAAUUCCCAUUGCCUAUCCUCGACUAUACUCGAUCGCUCGUCUCUGUAUGAACCCUUUGGGCGCGUUAGGGGUUGAUGAAACCUCUGAU